UUUCAAGUGAAAAAUUAAAAUAUCGCGUUAAUAUUUUCGUUUAUCGACAUUCGUUAUUCAAUUAAAUUGUAAGAAAGAAAACCUUGUUUCUUCUUGAAGAUUUGGGAUACCAAGAUUUUGUAGCUUAUAAAAUAUAAAGUUUAUUUAAGCUCUUUUUUAAAAGAACUUAAAAUUAAACCAAAAUCAGACAGUUCUACAAAAAAUCAUGACGUCAUUUCUCGAUAUGGAAAUUUCAACGUCAAGUAGACUCAUGACGUCACCAUGUUUCAACGAAUUUAGUGACAUCAUCAAGAGGAAGGAAAUAACAUACGGUCCGUGUAUGCUGUCUGUGUUCAGUAAGACAUUAGGAUAUGUUUUAAUAGGAACCAUGACUGUUAGUCUGAUACCACAAAUUGUAAAGAUAUUGAGAAAGCGGAGUGCUUCUGGAGUCAGUUUCGUUAGUAUUUUGUUGACGCUGGAAGCGUCUUCGGCAACUGUCGCUUACGCCAUACAAAAACGAUUUCCUGUCAGUGCAUGGGGAGAGAAUAUAGUACUGAUGCACAUGAAUGUGGUGCUGAUCUGCCUUCUAUUACGCUACAACAACAAACUGAAAACAUCUAUAACUUUUCUAGCAAUAUAUAUAUUGUUUAUGCUAUUACUGCUGUGGCCAACUGUUCCCAGUCAGCUUGUAUGGGGCCUAUAUCUAUUAAGCAUGCCUGCAAUUGCUGCAAGCAGGUUAAUACAAAUGUAUAAAAACCGGAAGACAAAAGAUCCAGGACAGCUUUCAGCAACUACGGCAUUUUUAUGUAUAUUCCAAGGGUUCGGACGCCUUACGACGUCAAUAGUUACAACCGGUGAUGACGUCAUGAUAUAUACCUUUGCUGUCGUCACGCUGUUAAACAUUCUUCUCUUUUUACAAGUGAUGUAUUACAGACGAAAACUGAAGAAAGUUUCUUGAGAUGGUAAUUGACUUAUGACUGGAAGUCUAUUGGAAGAAUACUUUCUUUCAAAAAUAUAGGAAACAAGUGUUAGAAAAGCUACUCGGGCAAAAUGAUUCGUCUUUGAAGUACCAGAAAAAAAGAAGAUGUAAGAAUGAGAAGAUACGGCUUAUUGUGGGUCGCUAACAGCGGGCGACGGUCAAACCGACAACCUUCGAUCGGCAGUUGGAUGGCAAUUAGUAUGCAUAUUAGUCAAAGGUUCAUAAAGUUGACAGAAAUUUACCUUUGCUUUAUAUGUAUGUCAGUGGUUAAAUUCAAAAUGGGCCAAUGUUUCAGAUUUAUUAUAUAUGUUUUACGGGGAAUACCUUCGUGAUAACGCGCUUUGAAAUUGAGUGAUCUUGCUAUUAAGAGUACAUUUUAAUAAAGAGUGCUGAUUUUUUAUGUUAAUUAAAAAACAAUUGACCCAUAAGUAUUUGCUGUUAUGUGUUUCGUAUGUCGCAUUUUCAAUUUGUAUGAUGCGUAUUUUUAUGUUAUUUUGUACUUGAUUGAAUCUGUGUUUCAAUUUUAAUAAAUCUUGAAAAUCUGUUGAAA